CACUCUUUGCCUUCUCUUCACAUCCCAAAAUCCCCAUUUUUUUCUCUAGAGCUCAGUAGAUAGUAAUAGAUAAUAUAGCAAUGGCGGUUAAGGGUGCAAUUGGUUUUGUGUUUUUGGUGCUGUUUUUGACCCUUGUUGAUGCAAGAAUUCCUGGUGUUUACAGUGGUGGAUCAUGGCAAAACGCCCAUGCUACUUUCUAUGGCGGCAGUGAUGCUUCUGGAACAAUGGGUGGAGCUUGUGGUUAUGGAAACCUAUACAGCCAAGGGUACGGCGUGAACACUGCAGCAUUAAGCACAGCUCUGUUCAACAAUGGACUUAGUUGUGGUGCCUGCUUUGAAAUCAAGUGCGCUAAUGAUCCACAAUGGUGCCAUUCUGGUAGCCCAUCGAUCUUUAUUACAGCCACAAACUUUUGCCCCCCUAACUAUGCUCUGCCUAGUGACGAUGGUGGUUGGUGCAACCCUCCUCGCCCUCACUUCGAUCUCGCCAUGCCCAUGUUCCUCAAGAUCGCCGAGUACCGUGCCGGCAUCGUCCCUGUCUCUUAUCGCCGGGUGCCGUGUAGAAAGCAAGGAGGAAUCAGGUUCACAAUCAACGGCUUCCGUUACUUCAACUUGGUUUUGAUCACCAACGUCGCAGGUGCAGGAGAUGUCGUGAAGGCUAGCGUGAAAGGGUCGAAGACUGGUUGGAUGACCAUGAGCCGUAACUGGGGUCAAAACUGGCAAUCAAAUGCCGUUUUGGUUGGUCAGUCACUUUCCUUCAGGGUCACAGGCAGUGAUAGACGCACCUCCACUUCUUGGAAUAUCGUCCCUUCAAAUUGGCAAUUUGGUCAAACUUUCACCGGAAAGAAUUUCAGGGUCUAAAUAUUUUUUUACUUCAAAUUCCCCUUUUACGUUUUUGCCCUUUUUUUUUUUAUUUAUAAUUUUGGGAAAAGAAUUAAAUUGGAAAAAUGUGUGUUGGUUUAGGUGAAUUUUUAAUUUUCUCUUUUGAGAAACUUUUGUUAAAGGGGGAUUGGGUGAGUGUGUUUUUUGAUGGGUAAAAGGUGAAAAAGUGAAAUGUAAGGGAAGGAGCUGAGGAGGCUGCAAAGAUAAAUGUAGCCCGCAGCUUUUCUAUUUACCAUAUAUUAUAGAGAAAUGAUAGUUAACUCUCUUCA